UUGGGAGCCUCCCCUCCACUCGCUGGCCAAGGAUUUAAGCCCUAACCCCCCAUUGGUCGUUCGUCAGCUUCUCCUGGGCAUCUCCGCUCCUCGACACCCCCCCUCCCCGCCCACCACCACCACCACCACCGCCCCUUCCCCUCCAACGAAAUGUAUCGAGAGCGAUGAAACCUUUCCGCUCUUCCCCCGCACCUGCUGUCGAUAAGUCGGCUAUUGCGCUCAUUCGCCGUGUUCUCUGCUAUCACGCCCCUCCGCUUACCCCCCUCGAACAGCUCUUGCCAGCCUUGACCUCUUCCCCGGAGGUUGAUUUGGAGCUUUACGCCUUCCUUGCCAUCAUUUUCAGGGACUUUAUCUACUCCUGGUAUUCCAAAAUCACGACGGACAAUGCCUUCGUCGAUGAAAUUAUCGCUGUGGUGGCCCAUUGUUCGAGGGCUAUUGAGGAGCGAAUCCGAAAGGUAUCGCGGAUUGAUGACCCAUCCCUCCUAAUACCAUGAGCUAACGCUGAAGGGAGGGCCUGAAAGGUCGACCUGGAACCCUUUCUACUAGAUGAAAUCCCUUCCUUUAUAGAAAAUCACGUCAGGGGUGGGCCGCGCCUCGGUUUCUCUUCCCCCCCGCUGCACCCUUCUAACAAACCUCAGAUUAUCGUUUAGCCCUCUCGCGUCAUGGCACGCCAGUAUCCCCGCACCUCACCGUACGUGAGAUAUUUCAUAAUUUUCAGCCUCAUCCCGCACUUUCAUCCUCACCGGACAGCGAAAAGCUUUACCUGAAGCUCGUUUCCUCGGGGAUCCUAGCGGUCCUCCUGCCCACCGAGGACCUGGAAUCUGAUUGCGAGAGAUCUCUAGUGAGAGAGGUGUUAUCCGGGAUGGUAUUAUGGAAUGUGGUUGACAGCCUCAGUGAACCUCAUAUCAUCCACGAGAUGAUUACAAACACCCUGGAGCUUUUGCGUGCUCCAAUGAGCCCUCCCAGUGCUCCGGAGCCAUCAACGGAGGAUGAGAGAAAACUACCCAUGGCUCAUACGCGAAGAAAGAGAAGUUAUAGUGAAAAGAUACCGCCCGUACCGCUUCCGCAUGGACACAAUGGCUCGGCGAAAGAAAAGUUCCAUGUCACGGAAGUACCCGCUCCACCAGCAAACUACAAGCUAAUCCGAAUACCCCCCGCUGUGGACAACCUUCUUACUGUCGCUUUCAAAGUGCUCUCCUUGCUGCGCACUUAUCUCUCCUCCUUCAUCACCAACCUGCACUCGCCUCCACCCCCCCCACCCCGGCCCAAGAAGCCUCUACUCCGCAUGUCCCUCUUUCGCUUAAUACCUUCUUACCUGCAUCUCCCCACCCUCCAGCCCUGGACACUCAACAGCCUCCUAUUUUUCACCAAGCCCCUCACAUCCCGCUCAACCCAUAUCGGCCUCACCCUCGACAACCUUCUAUCCUCUUCCUUCCACUCAUACAUCGAAUCGCCCAGCUUACUUGUGCAAAUUCUCCGUUCCGCCAGAUCAGCCCUCUUCCCAACCCCGCCCGAGCCAGUCCGGACCCACCCAACGCCGAAAGAAAAGGCGCACAUAAAACGUGCAGCGGAGGAGGCAAUAUGGGAAGCCAUCCCUUCAACAGUACGAAAGGUUUAUUUCGGGACAGGCGAUAAGGAGGAGGGUUUGGCAGUAGUGGGUGAAAUGCUGCUGAAGGCGGUGCAGGAUAAGGAGAUUAAUAAGCAUUUGUUGUAUAACCUGUUGGAUCUGAUUGUCGGUAAGCUGAUACCGGAGUUGACGGAAGAGGGGCCCGCAGAGUUACGGCGGGGCAGGGUGGGCGUUGUAGAUCAGUAAUGGUGCUUCUUUUUCUUUGUCAAAUACGUGAUUGUGGAUAGAGCGGCUGGCAAGGUGUAUUGUCACGAUAGUGGAUUAUUCUAACGCAUAGAAGGGGUUUCUUGCUGCUUGCUUGGCUGGGAGGUUAAUGUUUGCUCCCGUUUUCACAUUAUGCAUGCCCGAUCUAAUCAUAUUCUAUCACUCGCAUUUUGGUUCUAGAUUCCGUUUCCUGAAUGAUCGUCCUAUCUGAUGAAUGAGUUUACUUACGUGUUUGGCAUCUCUAUCGUGUCCAUGUCUAUUUCUCUUUAAAACAAAAGGUUGUGAUUGGGAGGCUCUGAAAAAUGGCAUGGUAGUACUUGAACAGUAUGAUAUCCCUAGGAGUUCAAAUCCGCAGGCCAUAUGAUUUUGAAAAUCCUCGGGUAUGGCACGAGCUAGGGCUGGGUAGAUAUUCCUUUUGCCACCAAAUAUGGCCCUAGAGUGUACUUGUGCAACCAAAGCACC